AUGGCUCGCCAGUCCGACUGUCGAGUUCACUCAAUUCGGCACGCUGCCACGCUUCCAGAGAGCGAUGUCGCCCUUCGAUUGUUGGAGCGGGUCCAGCGCAACGCAGAAGCCAUACUGCGGGCUCGUGGCUGGCGCGUCCUGGAGCUGGUGGAGCUGUGCUGCUGCAAGGUUGCACCUGAGCAGAAGCCUGGCAGCGUGGCAGGCUGGUGCAUACCUGCUGGAAACGCAAAGACUGCGACUCGAAUAGCUUUGCGACUCAGGGCACCAAAGGGUCAAGGGCACAGAAUAAUGCCAUUUGAGGAGGUGUUCGGAACGAUGCUCCAUGAGCUUACUCACAUCAUUCACUUAAAGCACACCGCUGCAUUUUAUGAACUGAUGGAUGAGUUAAGCAAGCAAUGGGAGCAGCUACAAGCUACUGGGCACAUCUUGGACGAGUCAGGCUUUCCAACAGUGGGGGGACAUAGAGUCGAUCCGAUGAAGCACAAUCCCAGCAUUGGACUGGCAACGAAACUCCAAGCAAAGGCGGCGGAGCAGCGUCUCAAGGUAAAUCAGCUGAUGGGAUCAGGCAAGCUCGGUGGUCAGAGAGACUGGAAGCAGCUUCCCAUGCGAGAGAAGGCAGCACGCGCCGCGGAGAGACGUGCGUCCGAAGCGAAGCUGGGUUUUGGGCCCGAAGAGCUGCCAGACGAGGGAGACGUCUCCAGUGCCCCAGAGAAAGCGCGCCUUGCAGCUGAGCCGGCACGGCCAGCAGUGCGGCUCGCCCCCAAGCGCAGGUGGUGCCAAAGAGUAGGCUGCUCCUGCCCAGCCCCGCACCCUGAUCUGCCUGUGAAACCCGAACUUGAAGACAAACUCCUUCAAGAGGCCAUCUUGGCCUCUCUCGCCGAGUCUCAGAGUUUACAGAGCCAGAGCCCGAGCGUAGGCUGCAUUGUUCUCAGCGACGAUGAAGGAGACGCUGAGUUCAACGUUCGCUCAGAGUCCGCGCUG